AUGCGAAAAUCAUAGAAAACAGGUUCUUAGUAGCAUAUAAAAAAUAUUCUGACACCUUUGAUAACUUAAUAAAAUUCAUAUAGUCCAGAAUAUGAUUUAUAAAAUAGAGCCUCAAAUAAAGUAGGAAGGAAAUCCUCGUUGAUUGAAUUACAUAGAGUUGAAAACGAGUAAAUAAAAUUAAGACCUUAAAGGGUUUUAUAAGUAGUAAAGGAUGCUAAGAAGCAACUUCUCUCUUAAUAAAAUCCUAGAAAUGAGAAGAAAAUAAAACCAAGAGUAGAGACUUCAGAGUGCUAAUAUAGAGGAUUAGAUUUUACAUUUGCAUAGAAUUUCUCAAAUAAAUAGAUAAUAAUGAAAGAAUUCUCAACUAAUGGACUUAGAAAACGAUUCUUUGUUUGA